CCCACUUGUGCUGGGCUUUUCCAACACCAAGGAACAAAGCAGAGGUUUUAUGGUCUGCUCUCUUUAGCCACACAGAAAUAUCAAGAAAAAAGGUACAAAAUUUUAGAUAGAACGAAAUGGUAAUACUUCAUCACCUACCAAGAUUACACUCCUCAAUCUUCCUCACAAAAACACCAUUUCUCUACACCCACUUCAAUCUUCUCCCUAAACCCAAACUACCCACAAAAACCACAUCCACCCUCUUCUCUGCACUCAACUCCACGCUCUCAACCACAUCCGAACCCAUCCCAAUACCAACUCACAAUCUCGAUAUCCCAGAAGAGACCCAUGUCCCAAUUUCAAUCGAAAAGCUGUUUGUCCCACCUGAUACCGAUGUCUCUUCCGACACUGCCGCUUCGUUGAGUACGAGAAUCUUGAAGGGUUCCAAUAUUGUACUGAGUAAGUACGCUAGGGACGCUCAGGUUUCGCAAGCUGACUUCGUUAAAAGCAGUGUCGACACUCAGGCUUGCCCCUCUGAUGGGCUUCCUGAGUUUGCUCUUGUUGGUCGCUCCAAUGUUGGCAAAUCCUCGCUUCUUAACUCGAUUGUUCGACGAAAAAAACUCGCCCUUACGUCGAAGAAACCUGGGAAGACACAAUGCAUCAACCAUUUUAGGAUCAAUGAUAGCUGGUACCUGGUGGAUCUGCCUGGAUAUGGGUAUGCAGCAGCACCACAUGAACUUCGCAUAGAUUGGGAAAAAUUUACCAAAGACUACUUCCUGAACCGAUCAACACUGGUUUCUGUGUUCCUUCUUAUAGAUGCUAGCAUUCCUGCCAAGAAAAUUGAUCUUGAGUAUGCUAGUUGGCUGGGUGAGAAUCAGGUUCCCAUGACAUUGGUCUUCACCAAAUGUGACAAGCGGAAGAAGAGAAAGAAUGGGGGGAAAAGACCAGAAGAAAAUGUGAAUGAUUUUCAGGAGUUGAUACGUGGCUGCUUCCAGACUGCACCACCAUGGAUUAUGACUAGCAGUGUUACCAAUCAGGGUCGUGAUGAAAUACUACUCCAUAUGGCUCAGCUACGCAACUACUGGCUCAAGCACUAAGUGAUACAUUAUCAAGCUUCUUGUUCCCAUAAUUUCACAGGUGCACAUGUUCCUGACUAAGAAAAGAGGAAAGUGCUUCAUCUUGAUGUACAAGAUUGUUAAUUGCUGAUUUCUAUCAUCAUGAAGUCCCCGUGAAGCAGUGGUAAGGCCCUGAACUAAUCAACAGAUAAGCAGAAAAGGAGAGUACUCAGAAAGGCAGAGCCGGAUUUUCUACAAUAGGAGCCUGCAAGUCCUACAUUACAAUUCAAUUCUAUGAAAUUGUUUCUCUUUUUCUUUUUGGUAAGAUCAAUGAUUCAAUUUCUUCAGCUUUACACUUAGAAAGGCAGUACUUUAUAGGUGAGGAACUUUUUUCAUGUGGAGGGGAAAAUAUGGUUCUUGAUUGUAUGUUCUACAACUUCAUGUAGUAAAUCUACUCAAACCUUUAUUUA